GAGUGAGGUUUGGCUGCCACCAAAGUUACUUCUAGUCCCUGCUGUCCCUCCUGCCCUCAGUCUGGACCUGCCCAGGGACCCUGCAAUUCGACCUUCCCACGCAGAAGUGAGAGCCCAAGCCAAUUGCUCUUGGCUCCUUGGCUAGCCACAUACCUCCAGCGGCUUAUGGGGCACUGUUCUUUCCAGCUCUGCUAAGAUGCUCCUGGCUUCUCCCUCUACCCCAUCCAGGGGACGGACCCCCAGCGCCGUGGAGAGGCUGGAAGCCGACAAAGCCAAGUAUGUCAAGACGCACCAAGUGAUAGUGCGGCGACAAGAGCCAGCCCUGCGCGGGGGUCCCAAGCCGCUCACUCCGCAUGCCUGCAAUGAGCUGGGGCCCUCUGCAUCGCCCAAGACCCCGAGGCCAGCCCGCCGGGGCAGCGGCAGGAGGGUACCAAGGCCUGACUCCCUCAUUUUCUACCGCCAGAAAAGGGACUGCAAAGCUUCAGUGAACAAAGAGAACGCCAAGGGCCAGGGGCUGGUGCGGCGCCUCUUCCUGGGCGCCCCCCGGGACGCUGCCCCGAGCAGCCCAGACCCAACGGAGAGACCUGCGGUUCCUGGGGGUUGGGCUGCACCUCAAGACAACCCGGAAGCGGCGAGAAAGCGGGCUCUGUGUCCCACGUGCUCGCUGCCGCUGUCAGAAAAGGAGCGCUUCUUUAACUACUGCGGCCUGGAGCGCGCGCUGGUGGAAGUGCUAGGUGUCGAGCGCUUCUCUCCGCAGAGCUGGGGCGCCGACGCCAGUCCUCAGACCGGAACUUCCCCGCUUCCGGGUUCGGGGGACACCAGCGACUGGACAUCCAGCGACGAGGGCGCGGACCGCCCGGACUGCCCAGGCGGUGGCGGCCGCGGCGGCUCGGAGGCGGCGGGCUCGGCGCGGGACGGGCGCCCGGCGGUGUCGGUGGUGGAGCGCAACGCGCGCGUUAUCCAGUGGCUGUACGGCUGCCAGCGCGCCCGCGGUCCGCCGCGCGAGUCCGAGGUGUGAUCAUGGCUGC